CUCCGCGACAAGUGGAUGGAGUUCCAAGGGAUCAAGAACUGGGAGGGGCUGCUCGAUCCCCUCGACGACGAUCUCCGCAACGAGAUCCUCCGCUACGGCGAGUUCGUCGAAGCAGCGUACCGCUGCUUCGACUUCGACGUCACAUCAUCCACUUAUGCCACGUGUGUAAAUCCCAAAACCUCAAUAUUAGUCAAUAAAAAAGGGUAUACAGUGAAAAGGAACCUAUAUGCCACGUGCGGGAUCCAGCUGCCUGAGUGGACAGAUAGGCUACCAGCCUGGGUGUCCAUUCAGUCCAGCUGGAUCGGGUACGUGGCAGUCUGCGAUGACGCAGACGAGAUCGCCCGCCUGGGAAGGCGCGACGUGGUCAUUGCGUACCGCGGGACCGCCACGUGUAUGGAGUGGCUUGAGAAUUUACGCGCCACACUGGCGUGCCUGCCAGUCGACAUGGCUCCGGACACCUGUGAGUCAAUGGUGCAGACAGGUUUCCUGAGCCUGUACACGUCUGGCAGCCAGGGUAACCCGAGCUUGCAACAGGUGGUCCGGGAGGAGAUUAGUGAAAUCCUCCGGGAAUACGGCGGAGAGCGGCUGAGCAUAACGGUGACGGGGCACAGCCUGGGGGCGGCGCUGGCGACGCUGACAGCGCACGACAUAAACGUGACGUUUGAACGCGCGCCUCUGGUGACGGUGGUGUCGUUCGGGGGGCCGAGAGUGGGGAAUGGGAGCUUCCGGAGGCAGCUGGAGAAGAGGGGGACGAAGGUGCUGAGGAUCGUCAACUCCGACGAUCCGAUAACUAAAAUGCCGGGAUUCGUGCUGCAGAAACACGGACAAGACAAGCAGUGGGCGUAUGCGGAGAUAGGGAAGGAGCUGAGGCUGAGCAGCAAGGGUUGCCCGCAUCUCAGCAACAGGGGGGUUGCCACGUGUCACGAUCUCAAGACGUAUUUGCAUUUGGUUGACAACUUUGUGAGCUCAAAUUGCCCUCUCAGAGCAACACUUCUCAAUCUCAACGGAUUUAAUUAAUUUUUAGGGUUUUUUACAAUGCUGUAAAUUAAUAUGCUGCCGAGCCAUCUGUUUUAUUCAUUGAUGAGGCUCACUAUUGCAUUGUCAUAAUAGAAUAUAAGCUGUGACAUUAAAAUGUAACAAAAUAGUCAAAUAUAAUAUUCAUGGUCCAGGAUUUAUAAACUAGUACCAAUAUACAUAUAGAUAUAUUCAUAUAUGGAUUGACACAUAAAUGGACGAAUGUCUCACAAAUACGCAACAAAUGAGUUUGUAUAAA